AUGGCCACCGAGGGUGCACUCAUCAAGGUAACUGUCAAAUCCCCAUCUCAACGAUUCGAUGUGGAGAUUUCUCCAAGUGCCUCAAUCUCUGAAUUGAAAGACAAAGUUCUCCUUUCGGUGCCAACUGCCAACAAGGAACAAAUAUGCAUAAUUUAUACUGGUAAAAUUCUGAAAGACGACGAAACCCUUGUUCAGAACAAAAUCUCUGACGGUCACACUGUUCACUUGGUAGUUAGAAAUCAAAAUCGUCCAGCAGGACCUGCAUCAAGUCCUGCAGCCGCUUCCACUGCUCCACCACCUUCUAGUCAACCAUCCGCCGCUCCACCACCAUCUGGAAAUCCGUUUGGUGGAUUCGGAACAAUGGGAGGAGCAUCGCCAGCCGAUAUUCUCAACAAUCCGGAUGCCGUGCGGAGCGUUAUGGAUAACCCAAUUACUCAGCAGCUUCUCAGCAACCCAGAGUUCAUGCGAACCAUCAUUCAAUCGAAUCCAGGUUUCCAGGAGAUGAUCGAGAGUAACCCAGAAGUUGGUCAUAUUCUGAACGAUCCAAAUAUCAUGCGCCAGACGAUGGAGAUGAUUCGCAAUCCUAAUAUGUUUCAAGAGAUGAUGCGUAAUCACGAUCAGGCAAUUAGAAACUUGCAGGGAAUUCCCGGCGGAGAAGCUGCACUUGAGCGUCUCUACAACGAUGUUCAAGAACCACUCAUGAAUAGUGCAUCUAACUCGCUCAGAGGAAAUCCAUUCGCGUCUUUGAGAGGUCAACAAUCGAACGAACCACGUGUCGAUCGUGCCGGACAGGAAAAUAAUGAGGCUCUUCCAAAUCCAUGGGCUUCCAACAACAGCAGUUCAAACAACGCGUCGAACAAUAGAUCGGCUGAUUUUAAUUCAAUGAUGGAUUCUCCCGGAUUCGGAUCGCUUAUGGAACAGAUGAUGUCGAAUCCAAGCAUGCAGGCUAGCAUGUUCAGUCCAGAAGUUGUAAACUCGAUUCGCCAGAGUAUGACUAACAAUCCAGCACUAAUAGAUGCGGUUAUCGGAUCUAUGCCAACAGCUCGUGACAAUCCACAAAUCACCGAGAGUAUCCGCCGAAACUUCCCACAAAUGCUCUCCAUGAUGUCCGAUCCAUCGGUGAUGCAAGCUAUGCAAAAUCCACGUGUCAGUCAGGCUUUCCGUCAGAUUCAAGACGGAUUCGCCACAUUGAGGCAAGAGGCUCCCCAGCUGCUGAACAUGUUCCACGCACAAGCGGGACCUGGAAUGGACCAGUUGUUCGGGAAUGCAGCUGCCAAUGCUGCCGCUGGAACCACGGGAACUCCGUCCGCUGCUUCAACUGCUGCAGGUGGUGUUGGAAAUGGAAUGAGUGGUCUUGCUGAUUUGAUCAGGCACAUGAAUAUGGGUGGACGGCAAGCCGCCGGCGGCGCUCCAGCUGCUGCUGCACCAGCCAAUCCGGAACAAACCUAUGCUUCGCAACUUGAGCAACUUCAAUCGAUGGGAUUCUCGGAUCGUGCUAGAAACAUUGCAGCCCUCACCGCUGCAUUCGGAGAUCUCAACGCGGCUGUCGAACGUCUUCUCAACUCUCCACCACAGUAA